ACAGUACAUAUCACAGGUCUUAUAUACAGUACAUAUCACAGGUCUUAUAUACAGUACAUAUCACAGGUCUUAUAUACAGUACAUAUCACAGGUCUGAUAUACAGUACAUAUCACAGGUCUUAUAUACAGUACAUAUCACAGGUGGCUGGUUGCAACUUAAUUGGGGAAGGCUGGCUCAUAGUAAUGGCUGGAACGGAAUACAUGGAAUUUCCAUGGUUACCAUGUGUUUGAUAACAUUCUAUUCACUCAAUUCCAGCCAUUACUAUUAGCGUUCCUCCCCUCAGCAGCCUCCUGUGAUAUGUAUAUAACCAGGCCCUAUAUAACCAGGCACUAUAUUCUAAUAGGCCUAAUGAAUAUGUAGGAAUUUACAUUCCUUCCUUUUUUGUGUUAGAAUUAUUUUAAGACCAAGGAAAUAUCUGGUUUUGGCUUGAACUCUCAGUAUUUGUAAUAGAUUUGUGCCCCUUAAAUAUUUACUUAGUAUUAUGUGCAAAUUUAAUACAGUUGUUUGUAGGAUUACAUAAUUGUUGUAAUUUAAAUAAAUAAUGUAUUUAUGAAAGCUGUAUCUGUAAAAUCAUUUAUUUUCUGUAGUAAAAAUGUUACAACCUUGUAGGCCUACAGGCCAGAUUAAUUAAUUAUUCAGCUGUUUUGAUAAGGACUAACUUUUCAUUGCUUUUGUUGUUCUUCAUUUAUAUUUUAUUCACAUGUUUGUCAUAUUUUACAAUAUACAUUGUAAACAUUACAUUAUAAACCUUUUGAACAUAGAUAGCUAUGGUCUGAUAUGGUCUAUGAUUUUGUUUUUUUUGUGCAUUUCUGUGUGGCCCUGGCCUCACCCAUCUCGUCGGCAGUGUAUAGGCGCCACCCUGUGGCAAUUUGGCGAACUACAGCGCAGGACAGGAAAAGAGAAAAUGACUUACCUUCAGUUUAUUUACAAUACAUAGCUACAAAGAAAAGCAAGGAUGCAGUAUAAAACCAGCGCUCUCUUACAAUACCACUUAUCUAACGUAACAAGCUUCUCAAUAAAAUACCUAGCCAAAUAUCCCAAAAUGUAAGAAGGUUUCUAUAUCAUUGUUACCUCCAGUAAUAUGCACAGUCACGGUGGCCGAGAGGUUAAGGCGUUGGACUCGAAAUCCAAUGGGGUUUCCCCGCACAGGUUCGAAUCCUGUUCGUGACGAUUGUUCGCUUUUAGUAUUUGCAGUUGUAUUAAAGAAAACACGGCAAGUAUAUCGACAAAAACAACUUCUGCUUAAAUAGGCUUAUUUGGAUUUCGAAAUAGCUAUAUGGAGAAUUUAUGCUUUAUUAUGGGGGAAUGAGCUCUGAACGUAACACGCCCCCUUGAUAAACAUGUGUUUUUCUCGUCUCCCUAAUUUUGACAGCUGUAAAUUAAUUAGAACCUGCUUUGAACGAUUUCCACCAUCACUACUUGUCUCGCUUUAGUGACUUUAAUCAAAUAUGUUCGCCAGUGUGCCAAACGAUGAUCAAUUCUUGAUAAAAGACAUCAAGUCGGGAUUGAAGAAUAUAAAUGUAAUCUUUAUCGUGUUGGAAAUGGGAAGGGUAACUAAAACAAAGGAUGGGCAUGAGGUUCGCUCCUGCAAGGUGGCCGAUAAGAGUGGGUGCAUCACCCUGUCUGUGUGGGACGAGUUGGGUGGACUCAUCCAGCCAGGAGACAUCCUCCGUCUCACACGAGGCUAUGCAUCCCUGUGGAAGGGCUGUCUGACUCUUUACACAGGCAGAGGAGGAGACCUGCAGAAGAUAGGAGAUUUUUGCAUGGUCUUCUCUGAGGUGCCAAACUUUAGUGAACCAAACGCAGAGGUACUGGCCCAGGCCAACAGGCCGUCUAAAGUUGAGUCCCAGAACAGUUCUUCUGUCAGUCAAAGCUCCACCCCCUCAGUCCCCACCCACACAUACUCUUCCAAUGAAUGCCCUCCGCUCUCCCAGAAUCCAACCUAUGGGAGCACAGGACGGCAGAAUGGGCGAGGCAACGGAGGUCCUGGGCAAGGCAACGGAGGUCCUGUCACCGACCCUAUGGGCAACAGCAGGGACCCACGGCAAGGGCUAAAGAGGAAAUGAUGCUGGUUUCAAAUCAACACGUAUCUUGGGCCUAACUGUAUUUUUAUUUAUCUAAUUAAAUCAUUGUUGUUAACAUGGCCAUCAUUUUCUAAGGAAGAUAACAUGUUACACAUUUCUUUCAAAUAAAUAAAUCAUAACUAAAAGA